AGGAGAGAAUUAGAUAGUGAGAGAUAUAUAAAUGAAUGAGGCCGAAGGGUGGACCCUUCUUGUGGCUACUUAUUUAUAUUUUGACAAUCAAGCUCUGAUCUUUUCUGGUUUGUAACUCUCUUUCUUCUCAUCCAUCUCUCUCUGCCUGUUGGGCUGUUCCUCCAAACGAGUUUCUUUUCGCGAAAAAAGAGUUCAUUGUUGGUGUUGGAGAGAUGAAAUAGCCCGGCUCUGAGCUCAGAACAAGUCUUGCAUGGCGAGCCACAGAAUUGGAGAGAUUGGUUUAUCAGAAACAGGGCCAUCAACUCACCACGUCCCUUAUUCAGUCUAUCAUGGAAUCAACAAUCCCACCACUUUCAUUAAUCAGGAAGGAUCUGCUUUUGAUUUUGGAGAGCUUGAAGAGGCAAUUGUGCUGCAAGGAGUUAACAUCAGAAAUGAUGAAGCAAAAGCACCUUUAUACGCAGGCAGGCCUGCGGCCACUCUGGACAUGUUCCCUUCAUGGCCAAUAAAAUUCCAGCACACCCCAAGAGGGAGUUCCAAGUCACGAGGAGAGAGCACAGACUCAGGGUCAGGAGUGAACACGAACACUCUUUCUUCGAGCAUAGCUGAGGCUCGGAGAGAAGCAGAUUCUCCGGUCAGUGUAAAGGGAUCAUCUUCUUUGGAUCAUCAGAAGCUGCAAAAGCCAAUGGAGAUGGCAGCAAGUGAUACGUCUCCUCUACCUUCUCCAAGUCAAUCAGCCUCGAAAGCGCCCCAAGACAAGAGAAAAGGAGGUUCCACCUCAGAGAAGCAACUUGAUGCUAAGACGUUGAGACGUUUGGCCCAAAACAGGGAAGCUGCAAGAAAGAGCCGUCUCAGGAAAAAGGCUUACGUUCAGCAACUAGAAUCAAGCAGAAUAAAGCUCACUCAGUUAGAACAAGACCUUCAGCGGGCACGCUCUCAGGGGUUUCUCUUGGGUGCAUGCGGUGGUGCUAAUAUAAGCUCUGGAGCCACAAUAUUUGAUAUGGAAUAUGCGAGAUGGUUGGAGGACGACCACCGGCAUAUGUUGGAGCUCAGAACCGGCCUCCAAGCUCAUUUGCCCGACGGCGAUCUCAGAGUGAUAGUAGAUGGCUACCUUUCACAUUACGACGAGAUUUUCAGGCUCAAGGGAAUGGCUGCUAAAUCCGACGUCUUUCACCUUAUAACGGGGGUGUGGGCCACCCCGGCCGAGCGCUGCUUCCUUUGGAUGGGCGGUUUCCGACCCUCAGAACUGAUCAAGAUACUAAUAACGCAAUUAGAUCCGUUGACGGAACAACAAUUCAUGGGGAUAUGCAGCCUCCAACAUUCAUCUCAGCAGGCGGAGGAGGCGCUGUCCCAGGGGCUAGAACAGCUCCAACAGUCACUCGUCGACACCAUUGCCGGCGGGCCCAGCAUCGAAGGAAUGCAACAGAUGGCAAUCGCCUUGGGCAAAUUAACCAAUCUCGAAGGCUUUGUUCGACAGGCUGAUAACUUGAGGCAACAUACCCUUCAUCACUUGCGCCGGAUACUGACGGUUCGACAAGCCGCGCGCUGUUUUUUGGUGAUCGGAGAGUAUUAUGGUCGACUACGAGCGUUGAGUUCUCUAUGGAUGUCUCGUCCUCGAGAGAGCAUGAUGAAUGAUGAUAACUCACGCCAAACAACAACGGACCUGCAAAUUGUUCAGGCUACACAAAAUCACUUCUCCAACUUUUGAUUAUACCGCAUCAGACCAAGGAGCUAGAGCUGAACCUGAUCGAUCGGAUCGAGAACGACGACCUCGUCCACAUAAACAAAUUCAGCCAGAAUUUCUUGGAGCUUCUCUUUUAGGAGGAUAGCAAAUUUUAGUGUUUAUAUAUCCACUGUCUUAUCUGUUCUUGUCGUGUAAAUGAAUGUAAUCAAUUGUAUUGUGCAUUGGGAAGCUUCUAGUGGAUUGGGUUAUAAAGAAAGAGAAAAAAAAACAAUAUGAAAUUGCGAAAUCGUCAUCA